AUGCCUUUUGCGCAAUUAGUCAUUGGUCCACCUGGUUCUGGAAAAUCUACAUAUUGCGAUGGAAUGCACCAAUUCUUGUCCACCAUUGGUCGAAAAUGCUCUGUGGUCAAUCUGGACCCUGCAAAUGACCACACGUCCUACGAAAGCGCCCUUGAUAUUAGGUCUCUGGUGACCUUAGACGAAGUGAUGAACGACGAGAAUCUGGGCCCUAACGGUGGCACGCUUUACGCACUGGAAGAGCUUGAGCACAACGUUGAAUGGCUUGAGGAGGGACUGAAGGCGCUGGGGGAAGACUAUAUGGACCUUUCACAUCUCAACAUUUUGACUAAAAUCGACAAGAUCUCUAGCUACGGACCGCUGCCGUUCAAUCUUGACUUCUACACCGAAGUUCAAGACCUAUCAUACAUCUUACCCCAUCUUGCUGCCGAGAACCCCAUGCUGCGACAUCCUAAGUUCGAGGGUCUCAACAAUGCGGUCGUUGACCUGGUUGAAGAUUUUGGGCUCGUUGGGUUCGAGACGCUGGCUGUGGAAGAUAAGAAGAGUAUGAUGACACUUCUUCAAGCUAUUGAUCGAGCCAGUGGAUACGCCUUCGGAGGUGCUGAGGGCGCGAAUGACACGAUCUGGCAAGUCGCGAUGAGGGAAGGUCUGCCAGGAAUGACCGUCUUCGAUGUGCAAGAGAGGUGGAUCGACAGGAAGGAUGAGUUCGAUGAGAUCGAGAGGCAAGAGGCAGAUAAAGCCCUGCAGGUCCAGCGUAUGGCUCAUCCUCUUGGCGGGGAUGGUGGCAUAGACUUUGAUGAUGGGCAGACGCCCGGUAGUGGGAUAAAGGUCAUAAGACGGAGCCCAAAAUGA